AUGGCGAUGAAGAUGGAUUUAAAUGGCAUCAUAGAGCAAAUUGAGACGGGAGAGCAAGACACUGCUUUGACGGCUCUACAGAGCUACAACAAGGAGAUGAACCAGUGCUUUACAUUCAGCGAGGGAGAAGGACAGGACAGAGAGCGUCUGGGGGAGUUGGUGCUCGCUCUCCUGAACAGGGAGUUGCAGCCUUCCUGCCAGCUGGCCUGUCUAGAAACGGUUCGGAUUCUAUCCAGAGACAAACACUGUCUGGGCCCCUUCAUCAGCCGCUCUGCCAUGUCCACACUUGCCCGAUACGCCGGCAUCGCCGCGGCCAUUAACACCACACCUGAUCACAACCAGCAGAUGGAGGACCAAGGGGAGGGUGAUGGAGGAGAAGAGGCAGCAGAAAACCCUGACCAGGAAGUGAUCGUCGAGGCGCUCAAGUCCAUCUGUAACAUCCUGCUACACAACGAGACAGGACAGGUGGUAGCAGCUGAUCUGCAGCUGAUAAAGGGGGUGGCAGAGAGGCUGAAGCAGUGUUAUGAUCCCACCUGGAACCAUGAGGUUCGUUUCUUUGACUUGCGCCUCACCUUUCUGCUGACUGCCCUGAGAGUGGAUGUCAGGGCACAGCUGGCUCAGGAGCUUCAUGGCGUCAGUCUGCUAGGGAACCAGCUGGAUGCUACACUGGGUCUGUGUUGGCCAGAUACAUUGGAGACAGCCAGGGCAGGGUCAGAAGGCGUCCCACCUGAAGAACUCCCACCUCUGAGCCGGCAGGAGACGGAACGCGCCAUGGAAAUACUGAAAAUACUGUUCAAUGUUACAUUUGACACAACUAGGCGCAAGGUUGACGAGGAGGAGGCAGCAGAGUACAGACAUUUGGGGGCCAUACUGAGACACUGCCUAAUGAGCUGUGCAGAUGGAGAUGAGAGGACUGAGGAGUUCCACAGCCAUACUGUUAACCUGCUGGGUAACCUCCCUCUGACCUGUUUGGAUGUACUGUUGAUGCCCAAGGUGCAACAAGGCUCCAUCGAGUACAUGGGGGUCAACAUGGAUACUGUCAACAUGUUGAUGGAAUUCAUGGAAAAAAAACUUGACAGGGGACAUAAGCUGAAGGAGACCCUCCUCCCAUCAUUGAACUUGUUGACUGAGAGUGCCCGCAUUCAUAGAGAAACCAGGAAGUUCCUCAGAUCAAAGGUGUUGCCCCCACUGCGCGAUGUAAAGAACAAGCCAGAGGUGGGCAAUGCUCUGAGGAACAAACUAGUCCGUCUGAUGACACACAUCGACACUGACGUGAAGGACUGUGCUGCAGAAUUCCUCUUUGUUCUCUGCAAAGAAAGUGUUUCAAGGUUCAUUAAGUACACUGGAUAUGGAAAUGCUGCAGGCCUGCUGGCUGCCAGAGGACUGCUUAGAGGGGGCAGAGACUCGGGGGUCUACUCUGAAGAUGAAGACUCUGAGACAGAAGAGUACAGAGAGGCCAGAUCCCAGAUAAACCCAAUCACAGGUGUUGUAGAGGAGGAGCAGCCCAAUCCUAUGGAGGGAAUGACAGAGGAGCAGAAAGAAAUUGAAGCUAUGAAGCUGGUCCAAAUGUUUGAUAAACUGUCAAGGACCAACUUGAUUCAGCCCAUGCAGCUCGGUAUGGACGGGAGGAUGAGAGAGAUAACUGCGGAUGACCUGCAAAAACUGACCCACAAUCCUUUGUUCCGGCCAGAGGAGCCAAGAAAUUCAGACGAAGACGAGGCUUAAGUAAACGUAGGAACACGAAGGGCAGAAACACACCUAUUUAACCCUCUAU